GGCGGGCAGGCUAGGCUGCGCCGCAGCGCCCAGGGUUUUCCUGCGCCGCCAUCUUGGCAGUGGCGGCGGUGAGGAGGGAGGCGGGAGGUGGGGGGAGCCCGCCCGCGCCGGCCAUGGCAGCCACCGCCGCCAACCCGGAAAUGGCAUCAGAUGUUUCCUCCCUGGGUGCAGCCGUCGGCUCUGGGAAUCCUGGACCGGGUGCGCAAGCUGGAGGAGCCAUCGUGCAGAGAGCCAACAAGAGGCGCCCUGGGCUGGAUUUUGAUGAUGAUGGAGAAGGGAACAGUAAAUUCCUCAGGUGUGAUGAUGACCAGAUGCCAAAUGAUAAAGAGAGAUUUGCCAGGUCUGAUGAUGAACAGAGUUCAGCGGAUAAGGAGAGACUUGCCAGGGAAAAUCACAGCGAGAUCGAGCGUAGGCGGAGGAACAAGAUGACUGCCUACAUCACAGAGCUGUCAGAUAUGGUGCCCACCUGCAGCGCCCUGGCUCGCAAACCAGACAAGCUCACCAUCUUGCGCAUGGCUGUGUCUCACAUGAAGUCGCUGCGUGGCACGGGCAAUACCUCCACUGAUGGCACCUACAAACCCUCCUUUCUCACUGACCAGGAACUCAAACACUUGAUCCUAGAGGCAGCCGACGGCUUUCUGUUCAUAGUGUCCUGCGAGACUGGGAGGGUGGUGUACGUCUCCGAUUCCGUGACUCCGGUCUUGAACCAGCCCCAGUCCGAAUGGUUCGGCAGCACCCUGUACGACCAGGUGCACCCGGAUGAUGUGGGCAAGCUGAGGGAGCAGCUCUCCACGUCGGAGAACGCCCUGACAGAAGGAACCAAACCCUGGUGCCUUUCUAACAAGGAUCCUGCAACCCCCCCUGAGAAUGCAUCUAAAGGUCGCAUCUUAGAUUUAAAGACAGGGACUGUCAAGAAGGAAGGCCAACAGUCCAUGAGGAUGUGUAUGGGUUCACGAAGAUCCUUCAUCUGCAGAAUGAGGUGUGGCAAUGGCUCAGUGGAUCCAGUCUCUGUAAAUCGUCUCAGCUUUAUGCGGAAUCGCUGCAGGAAUGGCUUAGGUGCUGCAAAAGAUGGUGAACCUCACUACGUCGUUGUGCACUGCACAGGUUACAUAAAAGCCUGGCCUCCUGCAGGUGUUUCACUGCCCGAUGAUGACCCAGAUGCUGGCCAGGGCAGCAAGUUUUGCCUCGUGGCUAUUGGCAGACUCCAGGUCACUAGCUCACCCAACUGCACGGACAUGAACAACGUUUGUCAGCCAACAGAGUUCAUUUCCCGGCACAACACCGAAGGCAUUUUCACCUUCAUAGAUCACCGCUGUGUGGCUACGGUUGGCUACCAGCCGCAGGAGCUUCUGGGGAAGGACAUUGUGGAUUUCUGCCACCCAGAAGACCAGCAGCUUUUGCGGGACAGCUUUCAGCAGGUGGUGAAGUUAAAAGGCCAGGUUCUGUCAGUCAUGUUCCGAUUCCGAUCCAAAAACCGGGAAUGGCUCUGGAUGAGAACCAGCUCCUUUACCUUCCAGAACCCCUACUCGGAUGAAAUUGAGUACAUCAUCUGUACCAACACCAACGUCAAGAAUUCAAGCCAGGAAUCUCGGCCUGCCCUGUCAAAUUCAAUGCAGAGGCCCCAGCUGGGGCAGAGUGUCAGCCUUCCCCUGGAGAUGGGCACGGCACAGCUGCCCUCAAGGCAGCAGCAGCCGCCACAACAGGCAGAGCUGGAAGUGGUCCCAGGAAGAGAGAGCCUGUCCGGUUACGACCACUCACAGGUUCCUGUUCAGCCUGUGACUGCUGCCGGCCCAGAGCACAGCAAGACGUUGGAGAAGGCAGAGAGCCUGUUUAAUCAGGAGAGAGACCCGAGGUUCAGCGAAAUCUACAGCAGUAUCAAUACCGACCAGAACAAAGCCAUUCCUGCCAGCACAGUGCCUGCCAACCAAACCCUCUUUCAGCAGGGAAAUGCUUUCACCCCCACGCGGCCUGCAGAGAACUUUAGGAGCAGCGGCAUGGUUCCUCCUGUGAACAUUAUCCAGCAGCAGCCCUCAUCAGCGGGCCGCAUCUUAGCACAGAUUUCGCGCCACUCCAACCCCGCUCAGGUCAGCGGAACCAGCUGGGCUCCAGGGACACGGCCAGCGUUCACGCCUCAGCAAGUGGCAUCCCAGACAGUGAAGACUCGGCCCCCUUCAUUCGGUAUGGGGACUUUCCAAGGCACGCCGUCCUCCUUCAGCCCUAUGACCACCCCUGGCUCCACAGCUUCCCCCAGCGGUCCUGCUUAUCCAAACCUUGCUGGCCGUGGCACAGGCUUCACCACGGAGGCAGCGCAGACCCCCGCCCCCUUCCAGACACGCACAGCCGAAGGCGUGGGGAUGUGGCCGCAGUGGCAAGGACAGCACCACGGCCCAGCAUCCGGGGAGCAGCACGUGCCGCAGCCGCAGCCGAGCCAGCCUGAGGUCUUCUCAGUAAGACGGUGCUUUUUUUAACCUCCCAAGACAUGCUGACAAUGCUGGGAGACCAGGGACCCAACUACAACAACGAAGAGUUCCCAGAGUUAAAUAUAUUCCCUUCUUUUUCAGAAUAAAAUAAGCCCUAGGGAAAGUAAAAUAUAGCUAUAUAUAAUACCUAUGUGUAAAGGAAAACACCUAAGUCUUUUUUUCAAAGACUGCUGAACUUUCUAAACACUUCCUACCUUCUGGAGGCGAAGCUCUGCCUGGGAGCCCAGAGGAGGGACGGCCCACGCGGGAAGAGAGUGCUGCGGUUUUGGGCACCUCCUCUGUGCGGUGCUGGCAGUGGGGACUGUUCGCCUGGAGGCUUCAGGACUCGAGUACCGCCAGAGCGGUUGCGCUCAUUGACUGAAGUCCCCGUGUUUGCAGGGCCGCUCACGAGCAGCUUUUGCUCCGCACACUGGUUUGGUAGGAGGGAUUCCUGCCUGGCUUACAGGCAGCUCCCCAAAUCCAUAAAGUGGCUUUUACUGUUUUUAUUUCAGUCUUCUAUACCGUGACUCUUUUCUAUCAAACACAAAACAAAGUAUUGUAACUUUUUAAGUGUUGGAAGAAACUCUUCCAAGCAUUACUCUGUAUGACGUGGUUCUGGAGGAUGCCGGGGUAAGAAUCCUUGUCGUGAUCAGGCUUUCUGCUUGGGAAUUGCCCCCUAAAGGAAGCUUUGACAUCUCUGGAGGGUUGUUACUGCGUCUCCGCUUUGGGGUGUUUUAUUUGGAGAUUCCUGUGUUUGCAGGCGCAUUAUCGUUUGUUUGGAUCCCGUCUCUCUUUGUGAACUGUGCAAUGAAUAUGGGCCUCUGUAGUCAGUGUGACCUAUAAACUCCCUCGGGGCCCUGUCGUUCGCGUGAAUGACAGGAUGGUUACGAGCCAUAAAAAUAUUAUGUAUGUAGCUUUGUUCUCAGUGCAUCAGUUCUACAGCUGAUGGUUUCUGUGCUGCCAUAGACCAAUGUUUCAACAGGCUUUUUGUCAGCUUGGGCGGGGGGAGAAAACCUGCCCUGCACUUUCCAUGCAAUUUUACCACUUCUAGGUCGACUUCCUCACCUUCGUUUUGGAGCUGGACGUCUGGCUCCCUGGACAGAGGUCCUGGAUCCACUCAGGGGCCUGCUGAGGAGUUGCAUUUUUCACUACAUGCUCAGAACGGCAGUGUUCACUCUUAAAUUCAGCCUCCCUGAAGAAAUUCCUCCUGCCAUAUGAUGACCCCGUUGCCAAGUCACAAAAUGGAGGAGAGCAAGGGAAGACAGGGAACAGAAUGAUUUCUUCUUAAACCUGGACUCUGAAUCUGCUGGCUUCCUCCGUGGAAAAACUUGUGGCAAAUCUCGCUCUCCUCAGGGUGUGGAGGGGCUGGAAGAACAUUUUGAUCCCCCUGCGAUGGCAAGACUCGCUUGAAUUUCAGCAGGAAAACUCAUUCGCUGCCGUGUUUGACUUGGAAAGAAAUCUGGCGUAGCUGCAAGGGGGGGAAAGAACAGGAAUCCUUCUUGGAAACCUGGUUUUAUUCUGGAUGAAGCCUGCUGGGAAUCUCUCCUUCCUCCCUAGAACGGCCACCGCCGUGUGUCAGACCGCUCAGGACGCCCUGGCCGUCCUCUCCCCGGCACGGUGCACGGAGCAGAAGGGCUUUGGGACUUGCGGGUCUCCGUGGUGCGGCUGGGAGGGGAGACCCUCGCGAGAGCAGACGUCAGCGACGCGCUGAGCAGGUAACGUCCGCGUGGAAGGCUGUGAGCAAAACGCCGUGAAGCGAAAUGAGUUUCAGCAUUUUCACUGACCUGGAGCGGUUUGUCUUGAUAGCAGAGCAGAAAACUUUUUUUUUUUUUUUUUUUUUUUUUUUUUUUUCCCCUCCUUUUCCCUGUUUUCUCCUGCUUUUGUUGGAAAAUGAAGAUUUGAAGCUUUUUCUCGAAAGUUUCAAAUGCUGCUCCCAAAUUCACAUAUGGGAAGUUGGGAACCUCCCUUCAGGGAGCCUGGAAAUAUCCACGGAUCCAUCCCCUUCCUUUUUUAACCCAGGGAAACCGAGCCACCAGCAAUAAGCACAUCGGGCCCCCACCUUGGGACACGACGGAGCGCCGCGGUCCGUGUCGUCACCAGCUCCUUGGCUGUCAGGCUGCGGCGUUUCCUCAGGCUUAGAGGAGAUCUAUUUUGUGAAGUGGGAAGGUGUGAAGUAUCCUGGGUAUUCGGACGUGGUGUCGCAGCACCCGCUCGCCGGCUGAUGGGAGCGUGCCGAGGACCAGCGCUGAGCCGCGCCGAAACGACGCAGCCGCAAAGCAGGAGGAAAAUUCCUGUCUGCAAAAAUCGAGUCCUGUUGUACCAUGUGCCCAAGGGGAGCUCAGGAAACUACAGCCCCGGUGACCGGCGCAGGUGGAGCGAUGUCCUUCGGCUGUUGUGCUCUGCCGCAGAGCGGUGACGGGAGCUGGACUUGCCCUUGCUGCUUCAAACCAGCCCCCGCGGCCCCCGCAAGCGCGCUGGGACCGAGGAGCUCCCCUCUGAGCCACGGUGGGUGAUGCUGAUGUACAACCCCCCGAUUUCGCGUCCUGCCGCGGACGGGCAAAACGGCCAGGGCAGACGGUGCUGAACCAGUUAGGAAAUGCCGAGCUGGCUUAUCCCGGAGGAUGGAGGAGGACUGGCGCAGUCGGAGGGGGCCCGGUGUCCAGCACCCCCCAGCAGCGAGGCCCCCGGGACCUGCCCCAUCGCAGGGGUGGACGCAGAGACUCGGGGCAUGGGGUGGGACAGCUGCCCGGGGCAGAGGCUUGUUCCCUUUGCAUCCCGUUUUGAUAAUUGUAUUUUUUUCAAUGCGAGGGGGGGUAUUUUAAUCGUACAAUCACGGAGGCGGGAGCCAGACCACCUCCUCCAGCCUGCUCUGGGCCAAGGGCUCUGUGUUGUGACAGAGGUUGCAAGUAACUAUAUGUAGCAGAGAUUUUACAACAAGAUAUUUUCCCUUUUUUUCAAAA